AUGGAUCAAAGUACGUUAGAUCAAUUUGCCAGAAGACAGCUGUGGGCUCGAGAGUGGACAAGUGAUGUCAAGAACACAGCGCAGAGCUUCAAAUCAUGGGAUACGUGUAUGGAUAACAAAGCGUGCAAAAUCAUUGCUAUAGUGGGUAUAGUGCUAGCAUCAAUUUUUGCCAUAUACCUGAUAGGUGGUGUGCUCUAUUUCUUCAAAUCUGGUGUCACAAAUAUUACGGAAUUCUUUUGCUGGUGCUGCGCUUGCGGUAAGAAGUCCAAGGAUCCAACGAACCAGAAUUAUCAGCAACAACAACAACCACCAAUGGUUGUAUAUCAGCCUAUCAGAGAUCCAGAUCCUGGUUACGGUGGUUACAGGGGAUACAAAGGUGAGAGAGAUAGCGCAUUUUACGAUGAACGGUUAUCCACGAAGUCGGACAUCGAUUUGGAGCAGAGUUUCGAUCUGGAAGCUCAAAGGAAUCCUUGGAAGAAUAACAAGCAGAAUAAAGCUUUACGGGAUGAUGAUUUCCAUGAUGAUGAAAUACAGCUGGAAACUUACCAUCCGAAUAUGGUAAAACCCACAUAUGACAACUAUAAUGUUCCUUCUCCAUCACAUUCUCCCACAAGAGAUAGAUAUUAUCACGGUGGUGCAUACCAGAACGUCCCCACGUCAAAUGAGAAUCCGUUCUACCAAAACACAGCAUAUUAUCCGGAAGAAACAACUAGGCCUCAAGUUUAUCCACGGUAUAGCUAG